CCGGCAAUAUUUAUUUCACGUGCGUUUGGCUUGCUGAGUGGUUAUCAGUCAAAAACUGCAUCAAAUCACGAACUAUUGUGGUUUUCAAGUAAUGUCAGUGGAAUAUACGGCCGCGUUUUUGUUUAUUAGUGACGAUAAUUACAAGAACAUGUCGUGAAAUCUCAUUAGCAGUGUCGUGCGUAUUUUUUUGACUUUGUGUUUUUUUUAACCGGUAUAAUAUGGCAAACAAACACGCGAUUGUUUUUGCGCUUAGCGCCUUUUUGAUUUUAAAUUCGGCAAUUGCCAUACAAGACUUUUGUUCACAAGAUAAUUUUAAUACUAGUGGAACGCAUUUACAAUUAACUAGGGAAGCUAGUUCCGAGGAAUUUGGUGUUAUUGGACAGUUCAAAUCGUUACAUUGCUGUGCGAAAGGAUAUAGAUCUAUUGAAUGGUACAAAGAUGGCAAAUUAUUACCGUGGCCUCAGGCUUCGUUCAUCAUUUACCCAGAAUUAGCGAAUCAAACGAUUUACACUCAACAAUUAACUGAAGACGAUGCAGGAAACUACACUUGUGUAAUCAGGAACGACACUGUUUACCUAACUCACACCAUAAUGUUUGUGGUUUUUGAUAAGGUUCCGGAAGAUCCAAAGUUUACCUACAUUUCAGAAGAUAAAAAAAUCGCGGUCGGUCACGAUUUAAGGCUCUUUUGCGAAGCCUUUGCAGGUCGAGUCGAUUUGCCAGAUGCACUCAACGAGGCGGUCUGGACCAAGGUCAAUUACAAUGGUACGGCCGCUACCAUGGACAAGGACCCCAGGAUAAAGCAGAAGAAAAGCCAAAGAGAAGCUGAACAAACCUACGGCACCUAUUUGAUCAUAGAAAAUAUCAAGAAUGCCGAUUUUGGUGAAUACAUUUGUACUGUGACCAAACCGGGAUUCGAGUUGAAGAGAUCAGUGAUCGUACGAGAAUUAGAAGAAGUAAUCUACCUCAACCCAAACCCAAUUCCGGUAAAGAAACUGCUGAUAUUCCUAUCGAUAUUGGCGAUUAUUGGAACCGUAAUAGGCAUACUUUACCUUAGAUACGCCCUGAUGCUCAGGGUCGAACUAAAGGACAAAUUGGGGCCCGUUGAGAAUUCCAACGGAAAAACCAGUGACGUCAUGAUUGUUUAUUCGGGAAAGGACACGGAAAUAGCGCUCGGCGUUUUAUUGCCAACCUUAGAGAAUCAAUAUAACUACAAGUGCUCUUCCAGGGAGCUCCCACUCAAUGUUAAUAUGUGGUAUUCCCAUUUGAAAGAACCUGCAAAAUCGACAAAGCGUCUGCUGCCGCUACUCUCCCCGGCCCUGCUAAACGAAAAAUGGGAAAGUGAUAAUGUCCUGAUGGCUUUGAAGCAACUCCAACUGGUCGGGCCCCAAAUGUGCUGUGUGGCUCUAAAAGAGCUCCCCAAGAAGGAAAACGAGGUUAAGAACGCGCAAGGCGAGACUUUAACAUCUCUGAGCAGAAAUUUGAACGUGAUCACGUGGGAUCGUCAGAACGAAGAAAAAUUCUGGCUCUCGCUGCGCCUCAGACUGCCUCCGAACAGAAUGAGGUUGGAGGUGAACUCUAGUGCUUCGAACGGGGGUAACAAUUCGAGACUGACUGGCAUCUCUAGGCAAGAGAGCUUGGACAAUUUGGUGUAAAUAUUUAUUAUUAUUAUUAUUUAAUUAAUAUUGUUACAUUUGUAUUAUGUAAUCAUUGUUCCAUUAUAUUUGGGGACCGAAGGCUGCCAUACUUAUAUACCUAUUAUAUAUGAGCUUGAUGUCUUCAUUUACGACGUAAAUUUUAUUGUGAUUUUUUAAUGUUAUUCUUACUACUUAUUAGGAUCUUUAUUGUAAAAUAUUCCAAUAAAAACUAUAUAUUU